AAAAGCAAUAAAUAAAAAAGAAAGUCGAAAUCCAAAAUACCGUUUUUGCUUAUACACUUCUCAGAUCUCAGUUCCCUUUUGCCGGAAACACCACACUUCUUCUUCUCUUGUUUCCACCGCCUCCACUCUCACCACUCUCUCUUCAAGCUUCUCUUCAGUAAGAAUGUAUAAUAAUGUUGGACCGCAACCAGGGGUGGCGCAGCCUCCAGCAAGCACACAACAACCUAAUCCUUUUGGGAGUGCAUUUCAAGUUGCUGGUUCAGGACUCAUUCGAGGUGGAUUGGGUGCUUAUGGAGGAAAAAUAUUAGGAUCCAGCUCUGAGUAUGUCCAAAGCAAUAUAAGUCGGUAUUUCUCUGAUCCCCAAUACUACUUUCAAGUGAAUGACCAUUAUGUUAAGAACAAAUUGAAGGUGGUUUUGUUUCCAUUUCUGCACAGGGGUCAUUGGACUAGAAUCACCGAGCCAGUGGGUGGUAGGCUCUCUUAUAAACCACCGAUUUAUGACAUAAAUGCACCAGACCUUUACAUUCCAUUAAUGGCAUUCGGUACUUAUGUCGUUCUUGCUGGCCUCUCAUUGGGUCUUCACGGAAAGUUUAGUCCAGAAGCAUUGAACUUGUUAUUCAUCAAGGGAUUACUUGGUUGGUUUAUGCAAGCUGGACUACUUAAGGUGACUUUACUUUCAUUAGGAAGCGGAGAAGCACCCUUGCUCGACAUCAUAGCAUAUGCUGGAUAUACUUUCACCGGCAUUUGUUUGGCUGUCCUCGGAAGAAUAAUAUCUGGCUACUCCUACUACUUUUUGAUGCCAUGGACCUGUUUAUGCAUGGGAGUGUUCUUAGUAAAAACAAUGAAACGAGUCCUUUUCGCAGAGGUCAGGAGUUACGACUCGAGCAAACAUCACUAUCUCUUGCUCUUUAUCGCUUUGGUUCAGUUCCCUUUGUUCAUUUGGCUUGGCAACAUUACUAUCAAUUGGCUUUUGUAGAUUGAUGAUAGCUUUUAACACUACUGAGGCAGUUUAUAGUAAAAUUAUUGGUUGUUGAUGUUUGACAGUUUGUAACAUAUGGAAUUUUUGUUGGUAAGGUUGGGGAAUAAACCUCAUUAGAAAUAUGCAUAAGUAUAGGUCUUCUUCAUGUAUAUGAUUGGUUUCCUCUAUACUUAUGCCAUGUUUGGAAUUGUGUCAGCCUUCCAUUUCUCGCA